AUGGCAACGCGUCAUGGCAAGCGUAACCGUUGCCCCGUUCGCAAUGCGCUUCUCAAGUGGCAAUUGCAACAGGACGAACGACGAGUUGCAGAGGUGCAACAUCGUUUAAUGCGAAUGGCAACACCGUCGUCUUCGUCGUCUCUCGAGAUAAACAGCAGCAGUUUUGAUGGUCAAUUAGCUGCUCAAAGACCUCGACUACUGCAUGAUACGGACCAAGAUGAAGCCAUGAGAAUGACGUGCCAUAUAAAACGAGAUGUAGGAAAACGAGAACGUGAUACGGACUUCCAGGACUCAAAAUGGGAGAAAUUAGUGUCAUCUUUACGAGCAAAAGACAGAGAUCAUCAUCAAGUCUUCGACAAUACUUUAGUGUACGGGACAAAAGCUUCACGUACAUGGAAUGAGAGUUCCGUCUAUGGAAAUGGAAAAGAUCGAUGUCCGUUCCCUAUGAACGUCGAUAUAAAUGACGAUGGAAUGCUUCCAAGCGAGCUGUCUACAAUGUCAAUAAAUGAACAAACAAACCAAUCCAUUACGCAACAUGGCGACAUGGAAUCACUUGCGACUGAUGGAAACGACUAUGUAGCUCCAAUCUCAGGCCAAAGUAUUGCAGAAAUGCUAGCAUCGAUGGAAAACUCAAGUCAAGUGGAAUAUGGUGGAGAUUGGAAAGCAUGUGACGAUCAGCACUAUGAGGUUUCCAAUGGUUGUGACCAAAUUCAGUUUUCAUGUGAGGAGUUCUCUGUCAUUGAUACUCUUUUUGCACGCGUGGAAGCUUUCUUUGGUAUGAAGUUUCCAUGGCGUAGUAUGAUUGUAAUUGCUUGUUGUCUAGUGAUUGGGACGAGCGGGUUUUUCAUUGAAGAGGUGAUUACUCUACUUGGAUUGUUUUCGAGACGAACACGGUUUGUGCUAUCAAGAGCUGAGCAAGAACGAAUACGUGACCGCAUGAGUGUACUUCAGCUAGAACUCCAGGGUUUCCAGCUCUUCACUUCCACUAUCGAAGUAAGAUCGCAAACAGUCCUAACUGAACUUCGUCAGUACAUGGAUAGGAUGCGUUUAGAUCGCGAGAAACAUCAAGACAUACUCGCGAAAGAAAUGCAAAAGCUACGACGCCAUAUUGUACACGUAACGCAUGAACUGGUAAAGCAAGAACGAGAAUCACUGCGAGCACAGCUGGAAGACAUUAUAAAAAUACAAGUGAUCGAUAUUGAGGGUGCAGAUGAUAACGGUUUGAUUGUCAAAGCCGCCGACGCCGAAAACGAUAAGCAACUGGAUAAAACUACAACUGGAACACCGAUCCAAGUGGAACCAUACCUAACCAUGCAAGAGUCUCUGCAUGAUGCGAUAGCUAGUUCACCUGCCAGUGCUUGCGAGGUCAACGGGGAUCAGUUCAGCUUGACGCAAACCGAAGUCGAGCUAAGUCACGAACCUGUAACCAAGGACGAUGCGGCUGUGACUUUUGUACAAAAUCCACGCACUGUUGACAAUGAGCAGGCACAGGUUGUAUGUGCUGAAAGUGGCCAUGGGCUUGUCGGAGUUUCAUCCCCGUCGACGACUGGAGAGCUCGUAAAUGUCCAACACAGUGAAAUCAAGUCGGAAUCACCAAUUCUUGUCCAAGAAGUACAUGUCGAGCAUCCAGUAAAAGUUGAGUCAGCUUCAUUACCAGCAAUACAACAGAGCCUCAACAAAAUCGACGAUACAGUCGCGUCUACGGUCAAGGAGACAAUCAACGUCAUGCCAUCGCGCAACGCGUUUGGGGUGUCGUGGGAUGAAAUACUCUUGUCGGUGGCUAUCGUGUUUCUCGCAGCCUGCGUUGUGCUUCGCGCUUACAACAUCAACCGUCGCAAGCGGUGGUUUGAGGAACGUCGUGCGAAAAGGAACCGACGAGCACUUCGCCUAGCUCAACGACGAGCAAGAGCGAUGGCCGAGUAUCGAGAAGAUAGGGACGAGUGGCAUGGUGAUGAGACGGACGGUGAUAUUGAAGAGGUAUCACUCAUGACACCCAUUUGA